UGCUCAAUGGUCAAUCAGGAAACUGGAACUUUCCUACUCUCUAACACGAACAGAACCCCACACUUCAUUUAAAGUGAGUCGCCAUUACCGUCCACAAGUUCUCUAUAACAUACACUUUUGUGAUCUCUAUCAUUUUCUAUUUUUUCAACCUGAGCACACACAAAGUUCUUUUGCGGCCAAUCGUUUGAGCCGCUUCAUCUACUCGACCUGGACAACCUCGUCAGCACCCUCAAGUAUAUUUCCGAUGGCUUCCAUAAGCACUCAAAAAGACUCAUCCUCCUCAUCAUUUUCUUCUUUAACACCACAAUGGAAAUAUGAUGUCUUUCUCAGUUUUAGAGGUGAGGAUACUCGCAAUGGUUUUACAGACCAUCUAUAUGCUGCCUUGAAACAGAAGGGCAUUGUCACCUUUAGAGAUGAGGAAAAACUUGAGAGGGGUAAAUCCAUUUUACCAAAGCUCUUGAAAGCAAUAGAAAAAUCCAAGUUUGCAAUUGUCAUUCUUUCAAGAAACUAUGCAUCUUCUACAUGGUGCUUGGAUGAACUUGCAAAAAUCAUUGAAUGCAUGAAAGAGAUAGGAACAACAGUUUGGCCAAUUUUUUAUGAUGUGGAUCCAUCUAAUGUUGCCCAAGCCUUUGCUACACAUGAGGAGCAUUUUAAGGAUCACAUAGAGAAGGUGCAAACCUGGAGAGCUACUUUAAAAGAAGUAGCCAAUCUUAAAGCGUGGCAUUUACAAGAUGGGUCUGAGUCAAAAUUUAUCCAAAAUAUUGUGGGAGAGUUAUGGCAUAAAUUAAGUUAUGCGUUCUUAGAAGAUACUGAAGACCUUGUAGGAAUAGAAUCUCGAGUGAAGAAAUUGGAGUCAUAUUUGGCUAUAGAGUUUAACGAUAUUCGCAUUGUAGGGGUUUGGGGGAUGGGGGGAAUUGGUAAAACAACCCUUGCUAGAGUUGUUUCUCGUAUGGUUGCUAAGAAAUAUGAAGGCUAUUGUUUUCUUGCUAAUGUUAGGGAGGUUUGUGAAAAAGAUGGUUUAGUUCCAUUACAACAACAGCUUAUUAGUCAAAUUUUAAAUGAAAGUAUGAAUAUACAAAACGUUGAUGAUGGGGUGUUCGUGAUCAAGAAUCGAUUACGUCAUAAAAGAAUUCUUCUUGUUCUUGACGAUGUAAAUCAAUUAGACCAGUUAAAAAAGUUAGCUGGGAAGCAUAACUGGUUUGGUUUAGGUAGUAGAGUUAUCAUAACAACAAGGGAUAGGCAUUUACUACAUAUACUUGGAGUAGAUGAAAUAUACGAAACUGAAGGAUUGAAUGAUGAUGAAGCUCUUCAUCUUUUGAGUUUGAAAGCUUUUCAUAAAGACCAUCCUCCCAAAGAUUAUCUAGAGUUGUCUAAAGAUGUUGUAAAAUAUACUAAAGGUCUGCCUCUGGCUAUUGAGAUUUUAGGUUCCUUUUUGUUUGGUAGAAGCAUUAAUCUAUGGAAAAGUACAUUAAAUAGGCUUACAAAAUUUCCAGAACAUGAAAUUCUCCAAGCACUUAAAAUAAGUUAUGAUGGAUUACAUGAAACAGAGAAAAAAAUAUUCCUAUAUAUUGCAUGUUUCUUUAAUCAUGAGGACAAAGAUAGUGUAGUAGAAAAACUAGAUUAUCCUGGUCUUUACCCUGAGGUUGGAUUAGGGGUUCUUGUUGACAAAUCUCUCAUAAAGAUAAGUGACAAUGAAGUCUGGAUGCAUGAUUUACUAGAAGAAAUGGGCAGGAAAAUAGUUCAUGAAGAGAGCCCUGAAGAUCCUGGAAGGCGUAGCAGUCUAUGGUCAUUUGAGGAUAUUAACAAUGUUCUAACAAAAAAUACGGGAACAGAAGCAAUUCAAGCCAUAGUCCUAAAGCUGCCUGAAUCGAAAGAGGCAGAUUGGAAUCCUGAAUCUUUUUCAAAGAUGCAUCAUCUUAAAUUGCUCAUAAUUAAGAACAUUCAACUUGUCCUUGGACCCAAACAUCUUCCUAAUGGCUUAAGAUUUCUUGAUUGGAGUGGAUACCCUUCAAAAUCUUUGCCAUUAAAUUUCCAAUCAAACGAUCUUAUUGAACUUUACAUGUGCAGUAGCUACAUCGAACGACUUUGGAAAGGAGCAAAGUCUUUUGAGAGGUUGAAAAUCAUCGAAAUGAAUGAGUCUUCAAAUCUUAUAGAAACCCCUGAUUUCACCAAAGUUCCGAAUCUUGAGAAAUUGGUCCUAGAAGAUUGUAUAAAUUUAACUGGGGUGCAUCCAUCAAUUGGAGUUCAUAAAAAGCUUACUCUUCUCAAUUUAAAAGGCUGCAAAAACCUAAAAACUCUUCCGAAUAAGUUUGAAAUUGAGUCUCUGAAGAUUCUUAUUCUUUCUGGUUGCUCAAAAGUAAGGAAAAUCCCAGAAUUCGAAGAAAAUAUGCAACGUGUAUUGAAGCUUUACUUGAAUGGAACUGCUAUUACUAAACUACCGACAUCAAUUGGGCAUUUAACUGGCCUUGCUUUAUUGAAUAUAAGAGAUUGCAAAAGUCUUACGUGUCUACCAAACACCAUUUUUAAUUUGAAAUUUCUUACAGAUGUGAAUAUUUUUGGAUGUAGAAAAUUGGGGAGAUUGCCAGAGAAUUUGGGGAAUGCAGAAAGUAUAGAGAAGCUUGAUCUGAGUGAAACUGCUAUAAGACAGGUGCCUUCUUCCAUUAGUCUCCUAAAAAAUCUUAAAGUGCUAUCUUUCUUUGGAUGUAAGGGGUUGUCAUCAUCUAAUAAUUCAUGGUAUGAGCUCCUCCCUUUUUAUUUUAUGCCAAGAAGUCCAAAUCCUGUGGGAUUGUCCUCUCUAUCGAGUUUGUGUUCUUUGACCAAUUUGAAUCUUAGUGGCUGCAAUGUCAAGGCAAUCCCCAUUGAUAUUGGUAGUUUAUUUUGUUUAGACAAAAUGGAUCUAAGUAAAAAUAGUUUUGUUUGCCUUCCGGAAAGCAUUGAUCAACUACGUAAGUUGAGAAUAUUUUGGUUCACGGGUUGCACAGGUCUUCGAUCAUUGCCAAAGUUUCCAUCAAAUAUUGUUUCUAUUAGGGGAUAUGGUUGUACCUCACUAGAAACGGUACCAGAUUUACUAAAACCUAAUUAUUUAUGUGAGGCAGAGCUUGUUCUUUCAAAUUGCAGUAGACUGGCUAACAAUCAAGGUGUCAUUGACAUGUUUUUUGCAGUGAUAAGAAAGCACCUUCAGGGACUUUCUUUUGACAAUAGACAUGACUUUCAAGAUUUUGACAAUAGAUAUGACUUUCAAGAUUUUGACAAUAAAUGGUAUUAUGAAAUCCUUAUUCCUGGAAGUGUAAUUCCAAAGUGGUUUAGCCAUCAAAGCAUGGGGGCUAAAGUGACUAUAACAGUAUCUUCUUAUUUGUGUGACGAGUGGAUGGGAAUUGCUGUUUGCGUUGUAUUUUGUUCACUUCCACAUCACCAAAUUGACCUGGAAGGUGUACUUGAGUGUUGGUUGAUGGUCAAUGGAAAAUAUAUGUCUUGUGCACCAAGCAUGAUCACAUUUGUUGCUUUAUCAGAUCAUAUUUGGCUACUUUAUGUGCUUCGUCAACGCUACAAGGAUGACGAGGUGGACGUAAAAUUACUGAAGGAAUGGGAAGCAAAUGAAUUCAAACAGAUUGGUAUUGAAAUUGUUGCCAGUCCAGGCUUGGAGGUGAAGGAAUGCGGGUUUCGUAUGGUAUACAAGAAAGACAUAGAAGAUCUCAACCAAACUAUGGUUCAGAGCAGCAACACCAGCAUCAUUCCUUACGAGGACUUAGGUGUUCUCUAUUAUAAUUUCGACAAUUCGGUAGUGGUAGCGGAAGGCAACAAAGAAAAGCGAACCCGUGAUGAUUAUGAUGGGGUUGGAGCUAGUGGAGACGGAAGCUCCAAUGAUGUGCCACACCCAAAAAGGAUUGAAAGGCUUGCAGAAUUUAACAACCCUGGUAACUCUGAUUGUGUGAAGUCAAGUGAGUACAAGGAUUGAAGUGAUGAGUUUAGUGAGUGGCGGGAAUCUAGUGAAACUGAAUUGGAAUGUUGAUGGAAUUUGAAGGGUUCAAAAUACUUUGAUUAUUGGACUUGUUCAUAAGGAGAAGCUAUCACACAGCCAAGAGACAAGAAGACUAGUGCGGUCCAUUGUAUGCUUCUAAUUUUCGCCUACUCUAAUAGAUUACAGGGGAAAUCAAGAAUCAGCACCCGGAAAUCCCACGAGGCUGAUAAAGCUCAUCCUCAAGGAAACCAAUCUUUCCUCUUAGAGUCGGGCACUCCUGCAUCAUCAUUUCACUUUCACUCUCUCUCCUUGCAUUCUAGGCUAGAAGCUCCUGAACUUCAGCAUGAUGCCCCCUCUGACGUUCUUCGCCUCAAAUACGAAGACGCUCAACCUCAGCUCUCAAGGCAUCCCGCUCUGCUUUUGCCCCCUCAAUUGCCUUCGGAGCUUCAUCAAAGUAUCUUCUGAGCGGACUUCGGCCUCAGUAGCAUGAUCACGAAGGGAAGAUUAGGAUGGCCCGGCAGCCUCGAGACGAGGAAUGAAACAUGGGUCCCUAGUGGCUCUCAUUCAGCUCAAGACCAAACAAAUAAUCGACCCAUCAUUUCCCAUCACCAGAGAAGGGAAGCUUGAUUACCAAAGUCACCCCACCCAGUCUCGCAGAAAGAGUCGUGUUUGACUAUCAAACAAAGAAAUGCCUUAGGUGACUGUAAAACCAAAGCUGUAGCAAGUGAACGCAACAGUAAGGAUGGCCACCGCCUUUGUUCCUGCAGAGCAAUAAAGAUCUAACAGUCUCACAUAGUAUGGCAGAAACAAACGACUGGGAUGGCAAUUGACGCACCAGAUUUGCAACAACAAGGCCGAUAUAGUCCACUACAAACUAUAGAUGUUUGAUACCUAAUAAACUGUUUAUUCAGAUCAUUGAUUGUCUAAAUCUAUGAUUCCUACAUAGCCAUAGGUGUUCCACGGAAUUAGCUGAUAGAUUAGAAUUUUGAAGGAGUGUGGAUAAAAGUUUCUCUCUUAAAAUUGGAAUCAUCAUGGACUACCUAGCCGAAUUGUAGGGAAGGUAGUUUGGAAGAUGAAGAAGAGGGUCCCAUAGGCUUGAAGCUCUUCCGUUGAGAAACCGGAUUGUGGGAGCUGAGUUGAUUGAGGUUGAGGUUGUGGUUUGAGAGUUUUUUCCAAGGCGGCUUUAGCAGAAGCCGUGUGUUCUUCUUUCAUGUGGUAGUCUCUGUAGCACUUGGAGCAAAGGUUCAUGGUCGCCGGACUGCCUAAGAACCCACAGUUGUUGGCGCAGAGCAUUGGCACUGAUGGCUGGUAGCUUGUACCAGCGUCCUGCUCAGAGCUCAUCUUUCUCUUCUCUCUCGGAUCUCUCUCUCUCUCUCUGUUGAAAAGGAAAAA